GGGCGGCGCUUCCUGAAGGGAGGAUCCAAUAAAACAAGAAACCUCUGCUCUGUUCAGCCGGCACGAGCAAGUUCCAUACAUGCGGCAGAAGCGAGCGAGGCUCUCAUUCAAACUGAGACGGUUCUGGACGAGACAAGACGUGAUUAUUUAUAAUCAGACCGGAUAGUAGUCACUUUAUCACAUCGUGGGAAGCUUUUUGAGGCGCUUUAUUUAAAGAUUAGUCUAGUUUUUAUUAUCCCGCGCGCGCUAUCGUAACGUAUCCGUGCGCGCGCUAAGUUAAUUAGCUUACUGGCUAACAGCAACUCUAUUCUUUACCUGACCGGAUACUUCGACGUGUGGAUGUACCCCUGCUCAUCUGCAGUUACAUUUGCACCAUGGCUGUUUGUUCACUCCGCUUGAUAGCCCAGCACCAAAGCAAAAUCAACAGAUCUAGUAUAAUUACAGGAUAGCAAUAAGCCCACACCUUACCUCUGUUUACCUUAAUUGUUUUCUGGUUUUGCACCAGAUAAACACAUUACAAGUUUGCACUGUCAAUCCCAUAAAUCCUAUCCAUAUAGGUGGGAAAGAGAAGUUAUUUAUUUGACCAUUUACCUCUUAAUUUCACUAACUGCUGUUUAGAUUUAGCAUUAUAGAAAUUGCUAUUUUUCAGGCAUUUCUUCCCUUUAAAAUUGUGAAACAGUUUCUCAUAAGUCUACAAUCAUGGUUUCAACAACUGCAACCGCAAUAAUACUGGCCAGUACAGUCGGGGCAGUUACACAAACUGCUCUGACGGAGUAUAUGUGGCUGCUGAUUGUCGGCUUCAUCAUCGCCUUCAUUUUAGCCUUUUCUGUGGGUGCAAAUGAUGUCGCUAACUCAUUUGGCACAGCUGUGGGCUCUGGGGUGGUCACCUUGCGACAGGCAUGCAUUCUGGCCACAGUGUUUGAGACACUGGGCUCCGUGCUCCUCGGGGCCAAAGUGAGCGAAACCAUCCGCAAGGGUAUCAUCGAUGUGGGCAUGUACAACGGAACUGAGCAGGAACUGAUGGCUGGAUCCAUCAGUGCCAUGUUUGGUUCUGCUGUGUGGCAGCUGGUCGCCUCCUUCCUUAAGCUUCCCAUCUCUGGAACACACUGCAUUGUUGGUGCUACUAUUGGCUUCUCACUGGUUGCCAGAGGCCAGCAGGGAGUCAGGUGGUUGGAACUCCUCCGUAUAGUGGCUUCCUGGUUCCUGAGUCCCCUUUUGUCUGGAAUAAUGUCAGGGAUUGUUUUCUACUUUGUGCGCAUGUUCAUCUUACAAAAGAAAGACCCUGUGCCUAAUGGAUUGAAGGCCCUGCCUGUCUUUUAUGCCAUAACUUUGGGAAUCAACCUGUUUUCCAUCAUGUUCACUGGAGCUCCGAUGCUUGGAUUUGACAAGGUUCCUUGGUGGGGCACCCUGCUCAUCUCACUGGGUCUGUCUGUGGUGACCGCCAUCGUGGUCUGGUUCAUUGUCUGCCCUCGCCUCAAGAAGAAGAUUGAAGGAGAUAUCAAGGCUGCCAGCCCCUCUGAGAGCCCCCUGAUGGAGAAGAGGGAGCUGAAAGAGGCCCACUGUCCAAUCCUUAAACAGACUGCCAAGGAGACAUCUGCCACCCCAGCCGUCAAUCAAAACCCCUCUGCUCAGCCCCAGGCCGCCCCAGAGGAGCGCAGAGUGGCAUUUGACAUCGGAGACUCUGACGAUGUUGAAAAUAAUAAGGAGCGCAGGGUGGCGUUUAACAUUGGAGAUUGUGAUGACACGGACAACAGCAAUUCAAGUGAAGAUCCCAAUCAAGUGGAGUCAAACAACCAGGACAAUCUCCAGCAAAGCUAUGGCUCCACAAUUAUUUCCCACCAGGCUCAGUUCAACAACAGGCCCGCACAGAUACCGAGUAACGGUUACAGCCAGUACCACACGGUCCACAAAGACUCCGGCCUCUACAAAGACCUGCUGCACAAGCUCCACCUGGCCAAGGUGGGUGACUGUAUGGGUGAGGGGGGUGACCGACCCAUCAGGCGUAACAACAGCUACACCUCCUACACCAUGGCCAUCAUCGGCAUGCACGGAGACUUCAAGCACAAAGACACAGACUUUCGCGCCAGUGAGGAUAGCGAAAAGGGUCCAGGGGCUCAGGAAAAGAAGCGUGUGCGCAUGGACAGUUACACCAGCUAUUGCAACGCUGUGGCAGAGCACACGACUCCUGAAAGUCUCACAGAGGGUGAUGUGACACUAGACGUCGGGAAAGAGGAUGCAGGUAGCAGCCAAAGCUCUCUGGAAGAUGAUGGCCUUGAGGCAGACAAGCCAGAGGUCUCAACUCUCUUCCAGUUCCUCCAGAUUCUCACCGCCUGCUUCGGAUCUUUUGCCCACGGAGGAAACGACGUCAGUAAUGCUAUUGGACCCUUGGUGGCUCUGUGGCUGGUUUACGAAACUGGCAGUGUGACUUCAAACGCACCCACGCCCAUUUGGCUUCUGCUGUAUGGGGGUGUUGGUAUUUGUGCUGGGCUCUGGGUGUGGGGACGCCGAGUAAUCCAGACUAUGGGCAAGGACCUCACUCCCAUAACCCCCUCAAGUGGUUUCAGCAUCGAGCUGGCCUCAGCCCUGACUGUCGUGGUCGCCUCUAACAUUGGUCUGCCUGUUUCCACCACCCACUGCAAGGUGGGCUCUGUGGUUGCAGUAGGAUGGCUGCGUUCAAAAAAGGCCGUGGACUGGCGUCUGUUCAGAAACAUCUUCAUGGCUUGGUUUGUGACUGUGCCCAUCUCUGGCCUGAUCAGCGCCGCCAUCAUGGCCAUCUUCAAAUAUGGCAUCCUGUGAGCACUCAGCUGCACCCCAUGCAGGGGGGAGGAGGAAGAAACCGCUCCAGUGCGCACCAGAAGACGAGGAGUAAAGUUGGAAGGCCAAAAUAUAUCGCUUACCUCAAGCUGACAACUUUGGAAGAAAAAGGAAAAAAAAGAUGUUUGAAUUGAGUUGUGAUAUGGGCCUGUGGUUCUUGGCUGCAUCAUUUUCAACCUAGAAUUUGCUUUGUUCCAGUUGGGCCACUUUACUUCCCGUGGGAAGUUUGCAUUUCUUUGUUCUGACUUGCUCUGUCAUAUGAUCAUUCUGUAACGAGUCAAUCAAAAAACAUCAACUGAUUUUUUUUCUACUAUCAUUCUUCCAUUUUUUUACUUUGCAAUUAUGUAUAUACAACCAUGCUGUUUUAAUUUUGUUUUACAUGUUGGUAAAGAAAUGAACAACUAUAAUGCAGUAUUAGCCUUUUGCAGAUGUAUCUCUUCAGUCACAACACAUGCUGAAAGUAAGGUAGUUGCAAAAGAAGUAUUUUUAGGUACAAAAAAAAAACAAGGUUAUGGUGUGUUUGUGUGUACCCACCCCCCAAAUUCUAAGUAUUUGUUGACUAAAUUUAUAUUUUUCAUCUGGCUUCCUUUUUAUCAUUUUAACUGGGAUGUGUAUUUUCUCUCCCUGAUGUUAUGGAACAAAAAUUGACUUGAAAUUGUACGUGAAGAUGAGUUGGGGAUGUUUCUAACCAGCUGUUCUCACUGAAUGUCCGCCUGCAAAAUGAUAUUUGAAAUACUGUCAUUGACAUGAAAAGUCAGUCCACUGCUGACAAGAAUAACCAAACCCUAAUCAUUCAGCUCAAUGAUCCAGGUCUUUCAUUUGAGUAUUGCAAUGUUUCAUCACUGCAGUUAUCUGCAUGAAAUUACUUGAAUUUCAGAAAUUGAACAGCAGAAUGUCAACGUAUGCUCACAAACAAGACCUUAAGUCUCCUGUAAAAACUUGAUUGCAUCAUACUUGGAGGUUAAAUGCUUUAGGUCUACUUCAGCCUCAUUUUAUUCCAGCUAACUUUUUAUCACCUCCUUCCCAGUUUGAUUUUUCUGUGGAACUUGCACCUGCCUAGAUGUUUGGGUUGCUCUGGUUUUCUUCUCUCUCACUCGGCCCUGAGAAGCUGAACACGGUUGUAAAUUAGAAGGAACGGGAACCUAAAAUCUGGAAGCUACCAAACAGAGCUGAUAUGGCCUUGUUUGAAUGAGGGUGGACAUAAGUUGCAUGCCACCAAUGUGUGGUCAUUUGGCUGCAGUACUAAAUGCAUUUCCGACCUGUAGAUGCUGUAGUUGCCUUAAUUGUUUUACUUUCCCUUAGGUACCAAAGACAGGAGUUUUUUUGUUGUUUUUUAAUGCACAUCAACAUACUAUAAUUCAAACUUGUGGAUAAAAAACAAAUGAAAAAUAAAAAUGGGAAAAUACA